UCCUCCUAGAGAAUUCUGAGAAGGUUAUGAGAACCCUGUUCCGGUUUUUGUUUCCCCUCUGGCCCCGCUGCCGUCAGUGUAGUGUAUCGUUCACCGCAAGAGAAAAAUUGAUAUAGUGUUACAAUUUGCUGGCUUAAUUACUUUAUAUCCCUUCAAACAAGGGCAUCAGUAAUAUAGUCAUCUCAAAUCAUCAACAAUGUCCGUCGACAAGGAGGAACUGGUGCAACGCGCCAAGCUUGCGGAGCAGGCUGAGCGAUACGACGACAUGGCGGCCGCGAUGAAGGAAGUCACCGAAACCGGCGUCGAGCUCAGCAAUGAGGAAAGAAAUUUACUAUCUGUCGCCUACAAGAACGUCGUCGGCGCUCGACGGUCAUCAUGGCGAGUCAUAUCCUCCAUCGAACAGAAGACCGAAGGUUCGGAAAGAAAACAACAGAUGGCGAAAGAAUAUAGGGUUAAAGUAGAAAAGGAACUCAGAGAAAUCUGCUACGAUGUCCUGGGUUUACUGGACAAACACCUUAUCCCUAAAGCUAGCAAUCCAGAAAGUAAAGUAUUUUACCUUAAAAUGAAGGGAGAUUACUACAGGUACCUAGCAGAAGUGGCCACAGGAGAAACCAGAAAUUCCGUCGUGGAGGACUCACAGAAGGCCUACCAGGAGGCGUUCGAUAUUGCCAAGGCUAAAAUGCAACCCACCCAUCCCAUCAGGCUCGGUCUCGCGCUCAACUUUUCCGUAUUUUAUUACGAAAUUAUCAACUCCCCUGCGAGGGCGUGUCACUUAGCGAAACAGGCGUUCGACGACGCGAUCGCUGAGUUGGACACCCUGAACGAGGACUCGUACAAGGACUCGACGCUGAUCAUGCAGCUGCUGCGGGACAACCUGACCUUGUGGACGUCGGACACCCAGGGCGACGGCGACGAGCCGGCCGAGGGCGGCGACAACUAACGCCGCGGGGCCCCUACUCACGCAUUUGUUCUCAUCGGUGUUUUAUAAGAAAACGAGUAACAUUCGAGAACGUGUCGCGGCGUCCACCACGCGCCCGCCGCGAGCCGUCGCUUGUAAAAAAAAUGUUAAAAAUGUCGUUCGCAGCGGACCUUCGCGUUCCGUCUAAAAUUAAAUGUUAUGUGUCAUCUUUGACGGUUUUGUAUUUCUGUAUUUACACUGGAUUACAGAUAUCGAGCUGACCUGAUGAAUAUAAAUAUUUAUAACUUAAGUUAUUAAAAUUACGGUUUCUUAAGUUAAAA